AUGGCCCGUACUCGGGUCUUUGGCCGCGGGCUCUCGAGCAACUUGCUUCUGCGAGGUCUGGUCUUCUGCAUCGCCUUUGCACCGCCGGCCUUGCUUCUCUUCUGCCUGCCCGGCUCGCGUGGGCGAGUGGCCCUUCGGGCCCGGGGAGGUCAGGGCCAGCUGUCGCGCAGCUUCUCCGUGGGCGACACGGUGAAAGCGCUGUGCCCCGAGGAUGCACGCUGGCAGCCGGGAACGAUUGAGACGGUCAGGGACGAUGGUAUGUACGUGGUGAGGUGGGACAACCCAGAGCUGGAGCCGCGGCAUAGCGUCGACCCGGUCGCCAUAGUGAAGCGCGAGGUCUUCAAGGACUACAAGGUGGGUGAUGCAGUUCUGUCCUACUACUCUGAGGACUGUAUGUGGUACCCCGGCGUAGUGGAAGAAGCCCGGCCGGAUGGCUCCUUCCGGGUGCGCUGGGACAUCCCCGAAGACGGUCUGGAUGAGAUUUCUGUGUAUCCUACGCACAUGAAGUUCCCGCGCCUCUCCGCGGACAAGCUCGAAAUCGGGCGGAAAUACCGUGGGACUGUGCAGUCAGUGCAAGAGUACGGAGCAUUCAUCGAUAUCGGUGCAGAUGCCUUGGGAUUGCUCCACGUGACCGCCAUGGAAGGGACUCACUCCCGGGUAGAAACUGCCCACGACCUCGUGACCGAGGGCGAAGACAUCGACGUGUGGAUGGCGGGCUUCAAGUCAGGGAAGAUCGUGCUUUCACAGCGCCCAGGUGGCAAGUCCAGUCGAAAUCUGCUUCCCUUCGCUGCGGCUUCACCAGACCAGUGGCAAACUGGUGUGGUCAAAGCAACUGCCCGGUACGGAGCUUUCGUCACUGUAUCGCUCGAUGCCAACACCGCAGAUGGCCUGGUCCCGAUUCAGGAAAUCAGCAAUGACUUCAUCCGAAGCGUCGAUGAUGUCCUGAAGCCAGGCCAGAAGGUCUCCGUGAGGAUCUUGUCCGUGGAUGUGGUCGCCGGGAAGAUGAUGCUGACCAUGAAGGGCGAGAAGAAGACCGCCGACUACAAUGUGACUACUUUUAUGGACGUGCCGCCUCAGACCUGGAUGUCCGGCAAGGUCGUACAUGUCACUGAUGCCGGCGCAUUCGUCCGCCUGGAGUAUGAAGGCUCUACUGCAGAUGGAUACCUCCACGCGAGCCAGUUUGGGGAUCGCAGCAGCGUCCGCGAGCAGCUCGGCAAGGAGAUUCGAGUGCGCGUCGUGCAGGUCAACCCGGAACGAAAUCGGAUGAAACUGUCGGCGCUGCCGAUCGGAGAGGAGGAGAGACCCGAGUACGAGACUGCCAGCAGGGCGCCGGCCCAGCCUGGGGGUCUCGUAGAAGACCUGAGACCAUUCAAGUCGCUCAAAGGCCAGUGGCUGCCUGGCGUAGUGAAGCAGCUUCGCCGUAAUGGUGUCCAGGUGGCCGUGGUGUCCAAAACGGGCAGUUACGGUGUUGGCAUGGUCUUCAUGAAUCAGAUCCAAGAGGGCUUCGUGAGCCGCCUCGAAGACGUGCUGAGCCCCGGCCAGGAGGACCGGACAACUUUGUGGGAGGGCGAUCUCCCGGCCUGCCUCGUCACUGCCGUUCAAUUGGCUGACGAGGACAACGUUUUGGGGAAAGGCUCCCAGAAAGGAGAGGUACCGCAGGUGACCCGAAUAGACUUUGGAUUACCUCCAGCGGUUACGACGUCGCUCCAGUCUAUCUCUUCGCGGGCGACUCAGGACCUCUGGUUGCAGGCCAACUUCAACCAGGAGGAUGCCACAGCCGAGCAGCAAGCCCAACGAAGGGCGAACGCUAUUUCAAAAUUAUCAAAGCGCCUGACCGGCAACGCUCGUGCCAAGGACGAGCUGAAGACGUCGCUGCAGCAAUGGUUGUCGACGAUCGGUCUCCAUCUUCUGGGACUCAUAAGUCGAGUCCGAGCUAUUGGAGACAAGAUCGACGAAGACACCCUGGGUGCUGUGCAGGAGAUGCAAGCUGUUCUGGCGGAACAACAGUCCAGCGCCUCAUCCGAUCGGGUGGCUCUUGCCCAAGGCUCCCUGGGACGAGUGUGGAGCUUGUCCCAGGUGGCGGAGGUACAGGCUAUCGCCUCGGCUUUGAGGACCUUUUCCAGUGAUCCUACCUCUGCUGCGUGGCGUUUGGGCGAGGGCUCUGUGCCGACCCGAACGCCACCUCCGGAGCCCGUCCAUGGUGCAGAAGGUCAACUGGCGGGCACUGGCGAUAUGGGCUCCGAGGCCAGCUUUGGGCUUCCGGGGCGUCCCCAUAUGGUAGGUGUCGACUAUGGCAUGGGCGACACCCCUGUGUCUGUGCAGCUGGGCGCGGGCUCCGAGCAGGCAUCCGCCUCGGGACCGCCCUCGAUGAGCUCUGGCGGGCGCUGGCGAAAGCGGAGUGGCGGAGGCACCGAACGCCCCGCCAAGAGUCCUCGCAGAUCAAUCGAGACGGCGCCAUGGCCCAGGGAAUCGACAGGACGCACCCCGGAGUCUCUGAGCCGGCCGCCGGUCACGGAGAUCACGGACAACGACACCGAGCUUAUUCCGGACCUGGCACAUACUGGGCCUGUGGCACCGGCAGCUCCUCGAGCACAGGACUGGGUGGCGGCAUGGCAGGCACUCCUUCGCUUCGCUGUCGACAGUGGUGCCGAUCCGGUCGGGGAUCUGACUGCCUGCCCGCGCCAGGAUGCGGCUUUGCCGGUCACAACGGAUGCCCAAGCCGAACCCCUGGUUCGGCAGCGUGUGGAGCAGACUUGGCAGGCCUUGAAGGAUGGGGUCUCGGGCGAGGCCGAUGCGGACCUUCCGUCGCUGCACAGACUGCUGGCAGAAGCGUUGCAUCAGCUACGUGGAUGUGCCGGCGCCCUUCCUGCUGCACCUCAAGGACUUUUGGUUGCCGCCCACAUCUCGGUGGGUGGCUUGCUCGAUCCCUUUGCCUACGCACCAGCAACGGCACAAGAAUGGCUGUUCCCAGGUCUCUUGACCGAGGUUGGAGACCACACAGGAGCUCAUGUAAGGCUCUCAAGCCCGCGACUUGCUCAGCUGCGCUCUGACUGGCACCAGUGGUGCGGACUGACCGUCGGUCGUCUUAUGAUCCUGGUAGGCCAGUUGUGCAUAGUGUACAUAGCUUUCCGGCGAGCUUGUACAGUCUCUGACCGCUUCCAGACCGCCUAUGGGCCUCGGCUUUCCUUUGAGCGCAGGUGGCAACUUGGCUGUACUGUGGUUGCGUCCGCGCUGUGGGCCUGUGUCGUGCUUGCCCCGGUCUCAGCCAUCCGGUUUACCGUUUUGGCUCUGGCAUGUGAGGCGUGUGCCCUGCGUGUUGUCCGAACAAGGGCUCUGACGUACUUCGAGCUGUUGUAUAGCUUGAAGACCCUUUUGGCCCUUCACUGCUGCUCCUUACCUUCCCGUUCUCCUCGACGGUUGGUGCGUUGCAAUAUUGUUCACGGCAAGCGUGUUGUGCCCGGCUCCGCUGCUGGCCGCCACAGCAAGCCGAGGUCUACAGUCCUGACCUUCUUCCUUCUGUAUCUGUCGCUCGUCGAUGGUGCUUCCCUCAGGACUGCGACUCAGUUGGGCUCGCUUGGACUUGCCCUGUGUCGCCCUGUUGCUGCGGUGCAACUGCAUGUUCAUGGGUUCCAUGAAAAUCGGCCAGUCAUCAGCACUGGGCCAGUUUUGCCAACUCCCUCAGCCGAGGCGAUGUGUCAUGUUUACCCGGUCGGUCGUGCAGGAAAUUCCAUGCUGUCGCGUUCGGAUCGUCUCCGUCGAUCCUUGGCCGUCUUCGUUGGUCAGCCACCCGGCUCGCCGGUGCUUGAGCCUUGUCCGCUACUUUUCAUGGCAGACGAAUGGAUGCAUGGGCCGCUCCUAUGGGGACAGAUUGCCGCGGCCUUGGGUUUUCGUGCCGACGUCUUUUCCGUCACCACUCUCCAGAGCCCCCUUCCAGGCUUACCGGGGGAGCAGCUCCUCAUGACGCCAAGGUCUCUUCCGUGGCGAUAUGCAUGGCUCCCGGUGGACUUGAGGGCGGUCGGGGGUCGCAUUUGUAUGUUGAUGUGUGUGCGUGACUCCUCCUGUCAAGCUAUUGCUCAGCUUGCUAUCACGGCGCAGGAACUACAGCUCCGGGUUGAUGGUCUUCUUGGCCGCUGCCAUUGGGGUUGGCUUACUUUGAGUUCGCAACCACUCUUCCUGCAAGGGGUUGAUGCUCUUCAAUUUGCGUCUGGUCCCGGCCCAGAGUCACUGCAAGCCCCUCUCGGUGCUUCUCUGGAUCCGCCCCUGUCUCUCCUCUCAGCUAUGCAGGUCAGUCUCCCAUCGGGCCAAGCCGGUGCCGAUAUUUUCCAGGGAUACUCAAACAACCAGGCGAUCCUCAUAACACCGAAUGGCCUUGUAUAUGUUGAGGUGCCCGUCUUUGCUGACGCGGCGACUUUCCGUCGAAUAGUCUCGUUCCGCGCCUCGCCUACUGCUCGAGGCGGGGUAAUGCGCAUCUGGCAACCUUUGCCAUCGUUGCCUUUGGUGCAGUUCCUCGAAAUCCAUUGUCACUCUGACGAAGUUCCGUGUAUUUUGGAUUUCAGGCCUUUGGGGUGGCGCAUUGUCACUGCGUGUGUGCGUUCCCCGAUCACUGCAUUGCGUAUGCUCGAUGAGGCGAUCAGGCGUAAUAAUGGAGGCAUUCCUGCUGACUGGUUGGACCAGUGCGCUGACGGCCGCUUUGGGCUCCUCCAUCGUGAAAGCAUCGUUUUGCCCGACCAGUUGCUUCACGGGAACUUGCCAGUUGUGGUCAUGUUCUUCCCGCAUAUCUUCAGACAGGACUCUUCCUCGUCCUCUGAACAGCAAGUCGGCGGGCGGCCACCUCCAUCUAGUGAGGAUGUCGAUGGUCCCGUUUCCAGCCACACCCUGUUUUUACCUACUGCCACCUCCGGGGUGACCCCCGAAGUGUUCUUGGGUAAUGAAGGUGCGAGCCUUAACCCCCCAGGUGAGGACCCUUCCUUUGCUCCUGAAGGGGGUGCAGGUACGAGCGCGAGUUGCACAUCAAUGCCGACUCCUACUCUGCUCUUGGGUACCCUGCUGUGCACUCUUCAUUCAUUUGCUGUGGUUGAUCUGAAAGGACUGCCUUUGGCACUUUUACUGCUCGUUGCUUUCAGGCCGUCCGCCGCGGUCCAAGUUCACAGCGCCCCUGGGUCUCCGCGCCAAGUCCUGCAUGGGGCGUCACUGGCCCGGGAUCGCGAUCUUGCUGCCCCUCCGUUGGCCCAUGUUGAUCUACAAGGGAUGUGGCAACGCACGGGCGACUUUGGUGAAGCCUUGCUUUGGCCCAGCCUUGGUGAUUCAUCGCGCCGUUUCCUUGUCACUUGCAAAAUUUGGGCGCCAGAGUCCUCGCUUGUACUUCAAUUUCUCGGGGAUAUGGACGCCGGGGAAGUCGCCGCCGAGCUUCACAGGCAAGCUGUCCGACUGGGGAGGCCACACCUGGUUGCAGCCUCCACCGGCCCUACUUUUGACAAGGUCCAUUUAGUCGCUGCUGCCUCGGGCCGUGAACACAUCACCGUUCUCCUUGAUGCGUGUGUCGACAUUUGCUGUGUCGACCUCCCAGCUGCCUACACUUCCCGGGAUGUCAUUGCUGCGGUAGAGCAGUUCCUCCAGCAUGAUGCCUUCCAGAUUCUUUGGGGGCGCGGCUUACGCUUACGUCAUGGAGAUGUUGUUACUGUGAAGCCCGCUCGACCUACGCAGCAUUUUGACAUCUCGUCUCUUUUGUUGUCACUUCCUAAGGGCUCUACGGCUGCUUGGCUGGCGCCGGUACGCCACGUUUCUGUGGUUCAGGCCGCGGAAGGGGUGCGCACUUUUAGUGUGCCAGCAAGUACCACCGUGACGGCUGAGGUACUGCGUCUUCUUAUGUCCAAAACCUGCACUGGCAAAUUUUCGUUCUUUGAUUUGCCCUUUCCAGAUGUGCUGCCCCAUGCUUCGUUUGUGGCAAUCGGCCGCCGGCAGUGCGUUGUGGUUUACAGAGUCAAUGACCGUGCGGACCCUGCCUCCCUGGGGUUGAUCUUGUGCUUUGAAGGCCGCUUCGUGUCUUAUGACGAAUUUUUGCUGCAGCUUGCCUCUCGGACUGAACUCCCUGCACGUCUUCUCCGGGCUCUCCAGUCCCACGGGAUGACGGUGCUUACUUGGGAGACUACUGCACUUCCUGGGGACCCUGCGUGCCGCCUGUGGUGUGUCCAUGUUGUGGUAGACAUGAAUCGAGCCUUCUCUGCGGGGCUGCUCUUCAGCCGGGCGGUCCGACCGAUAAUUCAUGUACCCAUCCCUCUGCAACUGCCCAGCGGUGUUCGGACCUCUGACGCCGGCGUUCAAACUGGAGGCGAAGGUGUGGGGAUUGACCAUGCUGCUGUCCUGCGGGUCAAUGACCUAGCCCGAGAUCUGGCUUACCAUGCAGCGCGUCUGUGGCAAGGAUUGGCCGAGCCAGACGCUGAGCCCGUGGGCGACUCCGGCCGCGUGCUCCACGCCCCUGCCACCCCGGCUCGCCCGGUUGACCUUCUUGACCUUGACCCCUCUCGCGGGGACAGAGUUGCCUCCCCCGCCGCCGCUUGGUUGAUCCUGUGUCUCGGCCGUCAGGUAGGGAAUUUCCUGAGGCCUCUUCACCUCGUUGGCUGCGUUCUCCUGCUCCCAGGGUGGGUGUCUGCGUCUAUUAUCUCACCUCCUGGAUCCAGUUCGGAUGAUGAGGGCAGUUCGCUAGCCACAGUGCCCACUUUCAAUGCGGCGACCCAUGGAGCUGGUCGAGCCCCUCAUGUGCGUCCUGCUGGGCCCCCGCCGCCCACUCCGGCCAAUGCGCCACCGGUCGCAUCCCGCGUUCUCUAUUUGCAGGCAGCAACCCCUGUAGAAGAUUACUCCUUGGGUCAGUGGCCACCGGUUGGCCCUGCUCGGGCUGCUGUGUCUACUUCUGCCGUGACCACUGUGCAAAUCCAACUGUCCCAGUUUCAGCAUGGGGUUCGAGCGGUUGUUGAUGCCAUCCCUCCGGGUACGCCCAUCUGCAUACACAAUCCCUUCACGGCGCGUGCACAAUGCAGCUGGCUGGAAUAUCAUGCCGGGGUUGAGAUUUCGCCCUUUACUGUGUUUCAAGACCAUGCCAAUCACCGGGGGUGGAGAGGCCUUGCUCUCUUACAUCCACAACCGGAUGCCCUGGCGGUCCACCUUAUCGGCCAACCGCUUCAUCCUGACAAUGCUGCGGUCGGGAUUGUCUUGCGGGAUAGGUUGGUCCCUUGUUGUCUACCACGCUGCGUUCGGGCAUCCGCCUUACAUUCGCUCCAUGUCGGGGACGAUGUCUGCGAUCUCCACUUUUCUGGGCUGAUUCAUGAUGAAGCCGAUACCGUGCAGCUACGGGAUGGAGACUGUUUCGGUGCUCGCAUCAGACCCCCACGCCCCUCCGCUACCCGACCGGAGGUUGCCUAUGCCACGCCCGCCUCAGCCGCCGUGGGCGCGCCCGGUGCCGAGGAUCGAUCCUCAUCUAUCCUUGGCGCCCUCGGUUGGGCCGCUUCACCCCUAUGGUACCUUGGGCUCUUCCUUUUUGGGAGUGGAUGGCGUCAUGCAGGGCCGGGUUUGAUUAUUGUCUGCUUUGGCACCCUAGCAGUCUCUGCUAUGCAUCGCCCUGGUGGCUUUCCAUGGGGGGAGCACCCCCGUAAUGGAGAGCUCAGUGAUAUCACGGCCCACGACCCAGUUUAUGUUGUCUUGCAUAGCCCCUUCCUUGGCGCUUACCCUGCUUAUACCGCAUCCAGAGACACGCGCCACCAUGCCAUCUGGGCACAGUUCUUGAACGAUGAGCCUGCAUGGCCGGCAGACUUCUUCCCGGUGUGGCCGGGACCGGCAUUCAAUGAACUGUCGAUUGUCCCAAUCGGCGCCGACCCUGCCAUUGUUACUUUGAUGCUGCAGUGGCGAGGCCUCCCUCGUGCAAUCGUCGCCCCGCGGGUCAUGACAGUUACGUGGCUCAUGUCCUUGAUCGCCCGCCUUGUCGGGCGAAAUGUGGGAGAAAUUGCUGUCCCACAUGGUCUGGCGAUCGCAGAAUUCUUCGAUGUGCCACCCGCCGCGCUCAGGUUCCGCAACGGUGAUGUUGUGUAUGCACUGGAGGCCCAGGAUGCCGAUGAUGAGGCACUGCAGGCUGUCGAACCAUGGCAUCUACAAGAUGGACUAGCAGCCCAGCACGCCCCAUGGGCCUUGGGGUUUCGUCUUAUGUUUGAUGUUCAGGUCCAGUUACUUCGCCCUGACCGGCCGCCGGUCCUUGCGCAGGUUGCUGCUGAAGAAGCUUGGUGCCCUGAAUCCUACUGCUUUUCGGGCGACUUCCAGCUGCGCUUUCCGGGCAUGUGGACGCCUGUCCAGUGGACUUCUGUUCGCCAGGUCCAGUUGGUUCAGGUCUGCAAUGUUGCGGCCCAGGUCCAUGUCAUUGUGGCCACACCGGGUGAGCGUCUCUGCCGAGUGUCUGACAGGUUUGUCUCCAAAUCCACUCUGGCAUCAUCGCUAAAUCUUGACCCCGCCUCGGUCUGCGUGGGUGGGAUACCGGCAUAUGCACUUGAACAGUCCUGCGAGCUCCGGAACGGAGAUGUUGUUUUUGGCAAUGUUGAACAGCUCGACAGCUCCGGCUCGGUGGGGCCACUGGCUCGUACCGUCCUGGCCGCUGUCCUGUGGACUGCCGUCACCCAUGGACCGGACCGGGUCGGCUGGAGCCUCUUGGCAAUGCUUGUGCUCGGCCAGUAUGCAAACCAGGAAGGUGCUCUUUUCGGAUGUCAAGCUAUGCAGCUUCAGGCCGUCCCGGUCGCCGCUGGACCUGAGUCGGCGGGGCCAGGAUUCCCUCGAGCAUCUGCUCCUCCCCGACUCAUGCAAGUCCACGUCGCCGACCCCUUUGCGGCAUGGACGGUUGUCCGGGUCGAUGAGUCCGAGCUCUUCCCCAGCCUCCUGGAGGUCUGUCCGGGCGCCCUGGCCUCCUGGCACCGGGGAUUUGCCAUUGCUGACUCUGCCUCGAUGGGGCUGCCUGUGGCUGUUCCGCACCCUGGGCGGGGGUUAGUUUGCGUCCUGGUUGUCGGUCUUGGGCAACGCAUCUGUGUGUUCUUGCCUGCGUUUCUGACUCUCCGCGCAGCUGAGAGGGCAGUUGGCCUCCGUAUGGGGCAGCUUGUUGCCCUUCAGUUAGGUCCAGGUCUCGUUGCCGAGUCGAGACAACUGGGCGCUUUCCUUGCCCUUCGUACCGGGGAUACUUUGGGCGUUCGACUUGUCAGUACGCUUUCGUUCGCUGCGACACCUCCUCUGCCUCACUUUCCUACAUGGCAGCGUGCCCAUGCUGAAGGUGCGUGGAGGACCGACUUUGUGGUUGACCACCCCUCCUCCCUGCUCUUGUGGCGACCCAAUUGUCCCACCCGAUUACUUUGCUUUGGCCCUAAUCAACGCUGGAGUGCUGCUCAGGCGACCAUUUUAGGGGACGACACUCCUUUUGCAGAGGGACGGUGGACGCCCUGUGUCGGGCAUCAAGGAGUCAUACCAUGGCUCCUUUUUCAGGCCACCGAGCCCUCACAAGUCCAUGUCAUCCGCACUCACAGCUGCACUGAAUGCGUCGCUGUUAACCGUGAUGCUGCCUAUGACAUGUGGAUUGAUGGUUUUCAGGUCCGCCCGCCCACAGCUCGACCGGAAAAGAUCACUCGAGUCCGGGAAGGAGAUUGGUGGAUCAAGGCUGUUGCUAGCGGAGGGGGUUUGGUCUCUGGCGCAUCUAAGGGGUUCCGAUUUUUCCUCUUGUUGGCCAUCUCUCUGUAUCUUCCAGCUGGUUUGGCUGCCUCGUCUUCCGAGGGUUGCCGCAGCCCUGACUCGUCUGAGGCCCGUACCAUCAGGUCCCGCGGGCGGUGGGAUGCGCGCAGCCGGAGUCGAUCGCCACCAUCGGUUGCCCAUUUUCCCCCACGAAUUGAUUGGACCGAUGGCGAGCCUUUCAUUCUCCAUGCUGGCUGGCGCCUCCACGAAGGGGAUGGCCUUACCGCCUUCGACCAAUGCUAUCUGCGCCCUGAUCAGGCCACCGUCCGCACAUUAUGUCCAAUCCUUGGAUGGAGCGCCGCUGAAGCUGCUGAUCUAGGCCGUUCCUGGACUUAUUUUGAUAGGAUUGGGCAACGGUUUUGUGGCAGCUGGUGCACUCGUUUCUUCCCAGUUCGAGGGGUUCGGCCACUCACAGAAGUCGUCCUGGCUCCGGUCGCUCCCUGCGGUUUGGCCACGGUAAUCAUUCAUACCUUAGAUGAGACCGGUGCUUUUCUUUUACCGGUCGACACCACUCCUGCUGCCAUUCAGGCGGCUGCUGCAAUACGCUCACCCCAGGUCAGGUCCUGGCAUCUUAUGCUUCCACCGGCGCUACGCGCUGUGCAUGAACACCAGGUCAUUCGACUACGCAACGGGGACCUCUUUGGGCUGCAGCCCUGCCCUGGUCAGCCGGGUUACGCCCCGCGUCCCACACUGCAUUUUCCUUCCCUUGAGGUCGCCCGUCAGGUUGCCAGUUGGUCCCUUCCCUUUCGUUUUGAUACUGGGGACACGGCGACAUUCUGGACCACCUCUAGCCGGGUAGGGCGCUCAGUCACUGUACGAGGCGGUGGGAUAUGGGACCCGCGCGGACCCACGUUUCGAAGUCCGAAUGGUCAGCAGAUGCUGGGUUUGUGGGUCCCGGUCUUGCAAGGGGGCCUCACACGUUUGCAUUUUGUCAGUCGGACUCUUCCGGUUGAGGCCUUGGUCCUUUGUUUGAUCCCACCUACUGACGAACCGAUCGGGGUUUUCCUGGCCGGCAUUUGCGCCUGCCGACCCCCCUAUGGCUGGAGACUGGUCCCUUCCAUUCGACGCAGCCGCGCCGGAGGAUCUCUCCGCGACGCUGAUGUCCUUGAGGUCGACCCUGCUGCGACUUUCACCUGGGAUCCCUUUGAUGGUCGCCCCCCGAUUCUUGCCGAAGAUACACCGGGUCAGGAUGAUCGUCAGGUUGAUCCGGACUCCUCUUGGGACCUCGGCUUUCCGGCUGCCAUCUCCGCUGCGUCUUGCGUUCUUCCCAAACGCAGCGUUAGUUGGGCCCUGAUCAUCUUUGGUUGGCUAUCUCUGUCUGGUGUUUGGGGCAUGUACCAGCCUGUUGACAUGGCACCAGCCCCGAUUCGCACUGGCUUUUUCCCUUGGCGGGCCCCCGCAGGCCAGGAGAACAUGCAGGAUCUCACUGAGCAGGCCACCUUGGAAGUUGUCUAUGUUAGCCCCUUCACUGGGCCUCAAGUUCUGGGACAGGUCCCAACUUCUGAGUCACCAGAUCACCUGCUUGAUAGGGCCAGUCAGCUCGAGCCUGGCUGGGGGACAGGAGUUGCCCCGGUAUGGCCGGCUACUCCGCUCCCCUUCCUUAUGGUCGUCCCUAAACCGCCUUGCCUUGAACUAGUGUGUGUGGUGGUAUCCUCGCUGGAGGAUCAUUUUGCUCUGUGCAUCCCUCGGGUCGCGCCACUAGAAUGGAUUGCACAGGUUCUGCGGUACAGCCACUCCCUGCACGCUUUGUCCCUCCGAGCACCGGCUACUGUCCGGGACGUAGCUUCAGACGUCUACUGGCGUUCGGGAGAUUUGCUUGUUGCGCUCCCACCCGCGGUUUUUGAGCCCACUUACUCCCCGCCCUGCUUCGCCACUGCGACUCAGCUUCGGCACUGUGCUAUUUGGUCCGUCGAUUUCUCUGUUUCUUCUACGAUUGAGGUAGUCUUAUGGCGACCUUCGGUGCGGCCACUCCGCUCUCGCAUCCCGGCCCUGGCCCGAUGGAAUGCCUUAGACCUCACCUUUGAGGGUGUGUUUGCCCAGCGGUUCCCGGGCCUGUACCACGGCGGAUGGCAGCGAUUCCCACCCUGGGCUGGUGGAGCACCGGAUGAGGUCCUUAUCGCAACUGAUGGGAGCGGCACCCACUCCGGUGGUUGGGCCUUUGCAGCCUGGUGUUGUUGGAAAGGGUCUUGGUACCGUGUCGGUUGGGAUGCUGGCGCCCUGGGCAUGACCCCUUGGCUUCCCAGUUUGCCGGAAGGGGGCACGGAUCUCCGCUCAUACGCUGGGGAACUGAGUGCCCUAGUCUCAGCUGCGGCGUGGCUUACGGCUUGGUGGGACCACCUCCUUCUCCACACGGGUCACGCACCCAGGCAAGUGACUAUAGCAGUCGAUAAUAGUGCUGCCCUGCAGGUCGCUUGUGGCCAUGCUGCGGCCACCCUUGUACAUUCUCAAGUUUGCAGGGCUCUUUGGCAGGGCGUCCAGUCCCGGUGUACCACUCACUUCCGCCAUGUCCCGGGGCACGCUGGGGCCCUGGUCAAUGAAAUUGUCGACGCGUUAGCAGGAUAUGCCAGCCUGCAUUCCAGGUGUGCCACAGCAGGUUGGUGUCGUUUGUUGCCAACCUUUGGGGAUACACUUGCCGCCUGCGCACCACUGCUGUGGCUCCUCCCGCGCGCCCAGCUUGGUACACAUGGCCUACACUGGCGGCCGGCGGGGUGGGAGCCACCGCCUGCACAACCACCUGUCGCGGAGAGUCGUCAGCCUCUGCCGUCUGCCCCUCCGACAGGCGAGCCUGACUGCCCCACUCCGCUUCGCAUCAAUUUCAGGGUUGUGCAGGCUAACAUCCAGACUAUUAAAGAUGUAGAUGUGUCCUUCUUCAACCGCGACGGCCAUGGUCAACGUCGGGUCUACCUUGCAAAGCAGUUGCAGGCCUUGGAUGUUCAGAUUGCGUUUCUCCAAGAGUGUCGUAGUCGGCCUGGCCGAUGGUCCUCUCACGGCUUCCUAAGCUUCCGCUCUGGUGCCGAAAAGGGACUGUAUGGGGUUGAAAUUUGGAUCCGCCCGAGUCUGCUACAGCCCGCCCUUUCGUUGGAUGACUUUCGGAUUCGCCAUGCCGAUCCACGCAUGCUGUUCGUACAGUGUCAACGUGCUGAACUACCGAUUACCCUUGUUGCGGCCCAUGCCCCACACUCGGAGAGACCGGAGGCGGAAGCGCGGCGGUUUUGGGGUGAUUUUCGAGUCCACUUGCUUUCGGCCUGUAACCGGGGGACCGUGAUAAUCGGUGUUGAUGCCAAUGCUGACAUUGUAGGGCGCGACGAAGAUGAGAUCCUUGUCGGUGAUCUCCUCUCCCUGCGGCCCCCACGUCUGAAUGAUGACCUUCUCUUGGCGUGCCUGCACGAUGCCUCCUUGGCUGCGCCCGGGACUUGGGCAGAGAUUCACUCUGGUCCUACUUGGACAUGGCAACACACAGGCGGCAAGACCCAACGGCUAGACCACCUGCUCGUUUCAAGCGGGACCACGAUUCGGGCCCACCGACAGUUCCCUGAGUUCGAUAUUCUGAAUGGGGAAUCCAGGGACCAUAUGCCUAUCACUGCCCUGAUUGAAGUCUGUGGGCGUCGCGGGAAGCGGGUGCAAUCACGUUGCCCAUAUGCACCCGCGAGUGGCGAUCAGGUGGCCUCUACGAUGUGGUCCCUGCUGGGGGACACCUUUUCAGGCACUUGUGACGAACAAGUACAACGGCUUUGCGACGCCCAUGAUGCUGCCGUCAAGCAGCUGCCCGCUAGGCCACCCUUUCUCCGGAGGCAGCCAUACCUCUCUGUAGCAGCCGAAGUACUGCUCACUACGCUCCGGGACGCACGGGCUGAGCUCCGACGAAUCUCGGCCCUCCAGCGAUUGCAGCUCUGCCGCCUUGCCUUUCAUUCGUGGCGGCCGCAGACGCCAGGGGUUCCCAGAUGGGAACGCCACCAGACUCAGAUGCUAAGGGCUCAUUAUGCCCACGUCUGCUUUAAACUGCGGGCCCAGGCCCAUGCGCAGGCCCGCCAGGACAAGCAGGCUUACUUCGAGUCGCUUUUGGUCGAUGCCAUUGACCAUUGGCACGCAACCGGGCGGCCUUCUGAAGCUGUUGCCAAGCUUUCGUGGGCCUCUAAGGGUGCUAAACAGAAGCGUGAUGUCCGAGCCGCCAGUGGCUUUGAUAUUGACGAACAGCUCCAGUUGCAGUUUCAACAACAGGAAGGGGGACGUCCUGUUUCUGAUGAUCAGUUACACCUAGCCUUUUCACACUGGGCCACCGUGCCACGACCUGCAUGCGCGGCGGCGGUGCCCACUCUGCUUGACGUCGAACAUAUGUGCAGGGCACAGCGACGGGGCAAGGCCCCCGGGCCUGAUCACAUUAGAAACGAAAUUUGGAAAGCCUGCCCGGACCGGGCCGGUCGCUGGCUGUGGCCCAUGUGGUUGCGCAUGGCAUGGGGAGAAGCCGAGCCCCUGCACUUCAAAGCUUCUAUUGUCGGGGCUCUGCAUAAGAAAGGCCCGGCCCACAUCCCGGCCAAUUUUCGGUCGAUUGCCAUGCUCAAUGGCGUCGCAAAGCUAUGGCACUCGCAGCUGCGAUCCACACUGGGCCAAGAAGUCAUUGCCCAUUAUUUCCCUACCCAACUUGGUGGCAGGAAGGGAGUCGAUACUGGCCUCGCUCUCAGUGUCUUCAGGUCCGCUGUUGACUUAGCUUCCGUCCGCGGGCACUCAUGGGCCGCAUUGUUUGUCGACAUUCAAGCCGCCUAUUAUGAAGCGGACCGACUCCUGCUAUUCCAAGGUCGCGAUCUUGAUUCUGCUUUGCAGGGGCUCCAGCUCCCCAGACAUGUACACAGGCUUAUCCAAGAUGGUGUGCUGACAGGGUUAGGCGUCCCCGAAGAUCAGGUCGCCCUCUUGCGUGACUGUGUUGAAUGUUCCUUUUGGCGGAUGGUUGGGCAACCGCAAGCUAUCAUUGCUAGCCGUGGCUCCCGGCCCGGCGACGGCCUGGCUGAUGUUCUUUUCGGAGCCCUGUUUGCCGUGAUCUUGCAGUGCCUCCAUCAUGCCCUUCGUGCUGAGGACAUUGUCCACACUGCCUCUGCCGAUGCCUUGGGUCAGCCCGACGCCUCGCUGCAGAUCGCGUGGGCUGAUGAUCUGUGUCUCCUGGUUGACUUCAUCCGAGCCGCAUGGGCUGUCACGAAGCUCCGCCGCUUGUGUGCCAUUGUGUUACAGGUGUUCGAAGCUUUUCGUUUCCGGGUUAAUCUUGGCCCUGGCAAGACGGAGGCCCUUGUCCACCUCCAGGGAGCUGGGGCCAAUGCCGCCAGGCAAGAGCUUCUGUCGCCUGAACCUUGCCUUGACCUUCCUGAUGGCAGAUCUAUCAGGGUCGUACCUGAAUACAAGUACCUCGGCGUUGCACAGCGGUGUCGUGACACCGGGCGUCGAGAUAUCGAGGCUGCAGCCGCCCGCGGCAAUGCUAUCUGGACCCAAGCAGCCGGGCUGGUCCACUCCCCCCACCUUCCGUGGCCCUUAAAGCUUGUUUGGCUGCAAGGGCGGACCCUUCCCGCCGCCUAUUCCUCGCUUGCCACGACCCUUGCUCGUUCUGAGCGGGCCUGGGGCCCUCUUCAUGGGUUUCUUGACAAGUGCCUCCGACAGCUCGUUGGGGCUUGGGAUGCUGGUCACCAUGUUGCCUCUGCCCAACUGCGAGCAUGUACGGGUAUCUUGGAUGUUGAAUGCGCCGUUAUUAUUGCAAGGGUCCGUCUGUUAUGCCGGAUUGUCUCCGGACGGUCAACAGAGGCAUUCGCACUUUUCGAAGCAAGCUGGGAUCGUGGCGGUGAUUGGGCCUCCUUGCUUGCUGAGGCGGUGCGUCGUGUCUGGCCUGCCUCCGGUCUCCCUGCGCUCCAGGCAGGGGAGCCCACUCUACUCGGUAUUCGGCGCCACCUCAAGAAGCUCCUUACAGCAUGUCGGAAAAUUAGCCGUUCAGGCACUAUGCUUCUAGCCCUUCAACGUGCCUGGAAGAGUCACGAGAGCCCCACGCCGAAGCGGGUCAUUGGCCUUGCCUCCCCGCGGAUUUGUUCGGAAUGUGGGGCGACACUUGCGUCGGCUCACGCCCUCGCAGCGCACAUGCACAGGUUGCAUGGCCGAGUUGCCUUGUGCACUCAAUAUACCCUCGGCACUGUCUGCCUGUGGUGUCUGACGGAAUUCCACAAUGCAGCUCGGCUUCGCUAUCAUCUGCUCAACACCCCUGAGUGCGAACAUGGCCUCCGCUGCUGUGUAGGGCCUGUCUACGAGUAUGGCUCUGGCACAAAACGACGUGGCAAGCAAGGCCACGCGCGUGCUCCAGUUUUUCGGGUUUGUGGGCCUUUGAACGCAACCGCAGCUCAACGCCUUGCUGCAGCUGAGGAAAGAUGCUGCACGGAGGCCGAGCUCUCGGCAGAGCUGAGUUUGCUUGCACCCGGGCCGGGAUUUGCUGACGGUGCCCGCUCUUCACCCGUGGUACCCUUCCGGCGCAACUCUGACAGUGGUCCUGCGUUCUCUCCGCCCGUGUCUGUUGCCGCCGGUCCUCCGCUUUCGCAGCUUGCGCCGCCUGCAGCAUCUGCCGCGUCGGCUGCCACGCCGUCGCUGUUCCCUCGUCCAGCACCUGCACCCGGUGGGACUCUCGGAAGCCCGCUUGGCCUUGAUACCCGGGUCAUGUCCUUGUCUUCUCUACCUCAGGUGGUGUACCGCUUCGUUGAGUUUCCUUCCGACUGUGAGACUUCGGUUUUGUCUUGCCGGUGGGAUGGUGUGCCACCCGCGAUUUGGUGCUUGCCAGACAGCUGGGCUGCAUGUUGGCGGAUGUUCUUGGCGCUUGACACGCAGCACCCCUGGUCGCCUGAAGUCUGGCGCCUCUCGGCCUUUUUACGCAAAGAGGAGCGACCGUCACCUUGCCCUGACGGGUGCGGUUUGGUGCCGUUCUUUGGAGUGCUCGUCCGCUCCCCGCUACCUUUUGGCAACUUCUGCGCCGUGCGUCGCCUGGUCGCUGCCCAUGCCUUGGCCCUUCUUGCGGUCAGGGUGCAAGUCCUGGCGGUGAACUUGCAGCGCAAGCAGAUGACCCUGUCCAUGAAAAACAGCUACAACGCGCACAAGAAGCAGGAUGUCAGCCCCUUCGCCGGUGUCUCUCCGACGGAAUGGUUCCCCGGAACGGUGGAGAAGGUCAAGGACUACGGCAGCUUCGUCUCUGUGAGGAAUGGCAGGGCGAUUGCUGAGGGCCUCGUCCGCCUGCCACAGACAAUCGGCGAGCUCGCGCCUGGCGAUGUCGUGGAAGUUCGAGUGCUGGGUGUCGACGUAGAGAAGGGAAGCAUGCGGCUUUCCAUGCAGCCGGUGGUCUCGGCCUCUCAGACCUCUGAUGCGGCAGACGGUUAG